AUAACAGUCGAGGCCAGAAGAAGCUUUUCUUCCCAAUCCGCGGAUCCCUGGUGCUGUGGACUGUGACUGCUGUCUGGGAGAGCUACUCAUCCAAGGAUCUAAUCCAAUCCCGAUCCCCGCGUCGUCCCCACCGCCACCGACCCACUGUGAUGGCGGCUACCGCGACCGCGACCGCCACCGAGAUGGAGGUCACCGCGACCGGCACCACCACCGAGGCCGCCGCCGUCCCGCCCGAGAAAUAUAUGCAUAAAAACCGCUUGCAAGAGUUUUGUGUGCAAACACACAAGAAGCUGCCGAUCUACAAGGUUGAGCUUGAGGGCGAGUAUCAUCAACCUAAGUACAAAUGCACAGUGGAAGUGGAUGGUAAGCAGUUUUCAUCAACUGGUACUUUCAGUCGGAAGAAGGAAGCAGAGCAAGAUGCUGCAAGACUGGCUUGUGAGAUCUUGGCAACAAUUGGAGAGGGUGAUAUUAAAGAGGUGUUUGGGCUGCUUGAUCAGGAUGCGGUGUUCUGCAAAUCAAUUCUUUAUGAAUUUGCUGUCAAGACAAAAACCACUUGGCCCUCUUACUCUGUGUUUCGCAUCGAAAAGCCCUUCACCAUGUUUGUUGCAUCUGUGGUGUUUAAUGGGAAUACCUAUACUGGUGAAGCUGCAUCCAACAAGAAGGACGCAGAGCAGAAUGCAGCUCGUGCUGCGAUCAAGUCAAUCUUAGCUACAGGUAACUCUUGUAUGAUUGGAAUUGUUAGGUCAAAGAAGCAACUCAUCACUGCCAUCAAAUCUUCUGGAAGCACCCCAACUACUUUUACUCCUAUAAAGUUUACACGCCCUGUUGCAUAUGCAGCAUAUGGCGGACCAGAUCAUGUAGCACCUGUGUCACAAGAUGAAUCUUCCUCAUUAGGUGUUCAAGGACACAGCAUUGUACCAGCAGUUGGCACAUCUGCCACUCCAUCUGCAAAAGCUGUAACUAGUUCAAAGAACAGAGUUGGAGGAGCAGAGGCCAAUGAAACAAUGGUUGCCAAGGAGCAUUAACUUCUCACCCAUCAACGCAAGGUUCGUCAAGGCCCACCUCGUUAAUGGUGUCGUUUCUUCAGUUGGAUAUUUCAACUGAUUGGAUUGUUGGGUUAGGGUUAAUCAUCUUUGCCAUUGCCGAACAAAACUUCGGCCAUGUACUUUUGUUCCUCCCACUUAGGACUUCUAGAAGUUAACCAGUUAAUGUGGUAUCCGACUAAUGUAUGCGUAGUUUAUGUAAAGAUAUGUCCUGUAUCUCUCCGAACGAUUGUGCUUGGUCUGUACAUGUUAAUACAACGUGGUAUUCUGGAAAGAUGCAAACCUUGUG